UGAACUUGACAGUGUCUUUCCUCGAUGGAGACAUUUCUCGGGAAUCACAGGGUCAGUGGGAGUGUCCGCAGUCUAUAAAUACAGCUCCUCUCGGCUGCCAUUAACACUACAGUGUCUUCUGGCUACACUUGUCCGACAGUCCUACUUUAACGCCAAAGCAAACAAAACGCUGGGUGUCUGGAGAAGCUAAAAGGCUUUGGAUUAAUACACCGCAACGACGAGCACUGACAGCGGAGAUGGCCCAGUGGCAGGCCCUACUGCAGCUGGAUUCAGGCCUCCAGAGGCAGGUGAGCCAGCUGUAUGAGAGAACCUUCUCAAGAGAGAUCCGCCACUAUGCGUGCCACUGGAUCGAGAAGCAGGACUGGGAUUUGGCAACUGUGGAUGUAAACACAGCCAUCAGCUGUUUCCAUGCUUUCCAGGAUUAUCUUGAAGAACUGUGGAAGCGUUCUGUCCUGGAGAACAGGAUUUUGCAGGGACCGAACUUUUUAAACAUGAAAGACUCCUUGGUGAAUCAGUUUCAAAAUGAGCCGCAGAACCUGGCCAGAAUUCUCUCACACUGCCUGAAGGAGGAAAAGAAAAUUCUGGCUUUGGCUUCCAAGACGCAGGGUUGCAACAAUCCAAGCAUGGAACAAAACUCUACAGAGUUGGACAACAAGGUCAAUGGCCUGAAACAGCAGACUUUGGAGGUAAAGAGGGAAAUUAAGACACUGGAGGAUCUAUAUGAACAGCUUGACCUGAUACAGAAGACCUGGCCAAGCAGAGUUCAACAGUGUAAUGAAAUGAACCAGUCUCGUGCUGCUGUGGAAGAAGAUUGUCUUGAGCGGGAAAGUUUCAUCACACAAACAAAGCAGAUUGUGCUGCAGCAGUUAUGUGGCAUUUUAAACCACACAUCCCAGGUUGUGGCAACUCUCACUGAUGUGGAGCUUCCAAAAUGGAAGCACAGGCAGCAGAUGGCCUGCAUUGGAAGUCCAGUUGACACCUCUUUGGACCACCUCCAGAAGUGGUUUACAGUUGCUGCUGAAGUGAUAGUUGGAAUACGUGAACAGCUGCUGAAACUGCAAGAGCAAAACAACAAAUACAACUGCACUGAUGCUUCCAGCCUUGCUGCUAACAUGGUGGAAAUUCAGAAGUUUGCACUGUCCUUGUUGACAAAGCUUCUCACAAAUGCUCUGGUGGUUGAGAAGCAGCCUGUCAUGCAGAAUUUUUCACAACGACCUUUAAUACUUAAGACUGGUGUGGGAUUCAAAGCAAAAGUAAGGUACUUAGCAAACCAUCCUGAAUUCAAGCACCGCCUCAGACCUGUCAAACCUGUUUUUGACAAGGAUGUUGAAGAAGCCAAGACGGUCACUGGAUUCCGUCACUUUGAAUUUGGAAGGGAUGACAAGAAGGUGUUGGAUGUAGAACCACCCGGUGCUUUGAUAGCAGAAUUUAGGAACAUGUCUCUCAAGGAAAGAAGAGAGAAAACUAAAGCAUCAUGUGAGGGCUCUGCUUGUCCUGCUGGAGCUCCUGGUGUCCCUGCCUCAGCUGCUGCAAAGAUUCGUCUGGGAGUCACUGAAGAACUCCACAUCAUCAAGUUUGUGACAGAGUUGGAGUAUGCUGGACUGAAGUGUGACAUCGAGGCCAGCUCCCUGCCUUUGAUUGUCGUCUCCAGCACCAAUCAGGUCGCCAGUGCCUGGGCCUCCAUCAUGUGGUGCAGCAUCAGUGGAUCAAAGAACCUGUCGCUGUUUGUCGACCCUCCUCCACUCAUCUGGGAACAGCUGGCACAGGUUCUGAGCUGGCAGUUUUUGUCUGUUGGCGAACGAGAGCUUGAUGAAGACCAGCUCUCCAUGCUAAGAGACAAAAUUGCGGAUCCUGAUGGUGUUGUGCACUGGAGCAAGUUCUCCUCCAAGAAUGAAAGUCCCUGGAUUUGGAUUGAUGGAAUCCUGGAUUUAAUCAAGAAACACUUGGUGGAUCUUUGGCGAGAUGGAUACAUCAUGGGUUUUGUGAGCAGGGAGAGAACCGAGUUUCUACUGAAGCCAAAAAGGCCCGGGACCUUUGUGCUCCGCUUUAGUGAGACCAACAAAGACGGAGCCAUCAGCUUCAGCUGGGUUGACCACACUAAUGGCGAGCCUCAUGUGCAUGCAGUGCGGCCCUACAUAAAGAAGGAGCUGUUGUCAAUGUCUCUGUCAGACCUUAUUUACCACUACAUCCUGACUCACCAGGGAGAGACCAAGAAUCCUUUGCUCUAUCUUUACCCUGACAUCCACAUAGACACCGCCUUCAGACGCUAUGAAGCGCCGAUACCUAGUGUGAGGCCUGAUGGAUACGUCGAAAGAAAAAUUACUUCUGUAUCUGUCAUUCCUACACCACCUCCCUCUCCACCCACAGAGCCCAUGGAUACAGACUAUCGACAACUGAUGGAGGACCUCUUCCCUGAUUUAUUGAACUCACCUGGAGAAGAUGUGCUCAGCUCACCUCCAUCCACAUUCACCUUUGGACUCCUUUGAAUGUCUCUGAAUCAGAGAGUUAUCAGAAUGAGAAAUGUAUCAAGCACAAGGUAGGUGUUUUGGCACAGAUAUAGGAAUAGAAUGCAAUUAUAAAAAGAACAAGAUCUCUUAAUGUAAGAUUUACAUUGCAUUAUUGUUUAAAUGAGUAUUAUACUGAUUGCAAAGUUAUUUACACUGGAUUUCUGUUCCGUUGCACAUGCACAAUGUAAAUAAUCUCAGCUAUAAGUUUCUGAUACAGUUUGUGAUGGACUCUGUCAUUUGCUCUAAGUCCGCUGGAUAAAAUAAUGAACAAAUAAGGGAUGUAUGAAUGAGUAAUGAAAUAUGUGGUGCUUUGUUGAUGUAUUGUUUUAUUUUUUCGUUUUUAAAUGUUUUUAUUGAUCUUUGAAAAGACAAUGCCAUACUGUAUGGGUCCUUUUGUUUAUUAAAAUAAACACAUUUUAAUACAUUCCAGCCCAGUGAAAUACCUCCUGCAUUGUUCAGGCCUGAACCUACAGCAUAAUAACAUUAUUUCUACAGAGAAAAGGACAGACACAUUUAGUGCUCUCUGGUCUCACCUCCUCUGAAGAAUCUGUCCUGGCAUUACACCCCCUGAUCCAAGCAUCAGCAUUUCAAUCAUUGGCAGUACCAAAAAAAAUACCCUUUCAGUUCAACAGCAGCUCAAUAUAAAGAAAAAUAUUUGAAAAACUAGGAGCUGCACAUCAGUUUACACAGAAUAACAUUAACAGCUUUUUGUAAUAUUGUAUCCUUUGUCCAUAUUUUCAGUACUUAAAAAAGUGGACUCCCAUUAGCAACAAGUGUUACUGAUUACAUGAUGACUUGAAUGUACAACUGACUACACCCGCAAACCUUUUAAAUUUUCCUCAACCAGUAAACAGCUGAACCAAAUCAGAUUUCACAACACUUGUUAGUUCAUGACACGAUUUACACAACUACAGUUUUACAAGGUUGCAGGAGUGAAACUAUUCUGUUGUCUCAUCUAAAUGUAUGAAAAGAAAAACACAAAAUGCAUAUUUGCUGUGUAAAAUUAUGAAUGUGAAUGUACUGUACCGAGUUCUCUGAAAAAAAAUAAACAGAUUGGGCUUUUUAAAGCUUCUUUUCCUCCUCA